AUCUGACAUUUAAACAUGCCAAACUAAGACGUCAAUAUAAAAGACAUGCCACUGUACUUAAACUAUACAAAUCCUUUUAUAUUAUGAAUUUACAUGUUUUUUGUAAAUAUUUAAGUGUUAUGUUACUUCUUCAGUGUGCCCUGUCGAAAAUGCUUCCAGCAAUUGAAGGUUUAAACAGUGAACUUGAACAAGUAAAAUCAGAAGAUAAAGCAAAAGAGCAAGAAAUUCAGUCAAAAAAAGGCGACAUGGAAGGAUAUACACGAGGAAAGAGGGCCCUUGAAGAUAGUUUAAAUAAAAGAAAGCAAUGUGCAGUUAUGUACAAAAACGAGGAACCUGUUGGCAUUUUACAAUCAUAUCAAGGUAGUUAUCGACUCUUACCGAUCCACAUCGAAGAAAGUAUUCCGGUCGAUAUAAGUCCAAUACAAAAAGCAGACUCUGAAGAAAUUGAUAAAAGAGAUACCGAAACUCAAGCAGCUGAUUUCAGCGAAAGAAAUUAUCCCUAUAUUUUCGCCAAAUUUAAAAUCGACACUAAAGUUGAGAGUCAAAAGGCGGCUAAAAACUUACAGAAACGAGAGUUGAAGCACACGAAGAAAAAACCAGCAUUAUUAAAUUCCAAACAUAUGAACUCAUUAAGCUCGACAUUAUUGAAGAUGCAAGCAAAUGAAGUUGGCGCUGAAAGUGAAUUAAGAACUGUGUUACACGAUAUGGGACUGAUUGAAGAUUCUCAUAUAGACGAUCAACAAAAUGAGCAUAUUGAUGAAAAACGUAAAGCUGAUUUGGAACUGAACGAGAAUUCUCAUACAGAUGAACAAAAUUUUAAUAAACCAAUUGCUGAAUCAUCCCAGCAUGGUGAAGAAAAACGCGACAAUGCUCAAGCUGAUAAUACUGACGAAUCUCAUCAUGCUGAAGAAAAACGCGACAAUUAUCAAGCUGAUAACAGUGACCAAUCUAAUCAUGCCAAAGAAAAAUGUGAAGAUGCUCAAGCUAAUAGCAAAUUGAAUACUGACCAACAACUUGAUAAAUCUAAUCAUGCUGAAGCUGCGAUGACGAAUGAAAAAUCCAAAGACGAUUCUCAUUCAGAAGAAAAACGAGACCUUAACAUUGUCGAAGAUGAAGACUUGGAACUAGGAACUAAUAAAAUCAAUUUAAUAAGAAUGGAAGAUUCUGUAAAUGAUAGAUUGAAACGUGAAAAUGAAGUCACAAGGCACUAUGACGCCAUCGCAUUUCCUGAACCGAAAUCAAAAAAGCAGGAAUUGUUUGCCAAUGGGGAAUGCGAUGAAAAAGAGUCUGAAGUUGCAAGUAAUGACAGAGAAAAUAAAGUAGAAAAUGAAAACAAACAAAUGGCAGAAGAAUCUGAGAAACUUCUUUUUGAUGAUAAAAGUUCGGAAAUUGAAAAACCAAUUGAAGUGGAUGUUGGAAGUAACGGAAGGGAAAAACGAUCGGAAGAUGUACAGAAACAAAUGGAACAACAAAUUAAGCAGAGAUUGCAAAAGAUCAAAGCGGAAGUGAAAAAUGAAAUAGAACAACUUAAAAAGAAUAGUGAUGAUAAUGAAGAAUUUGCUGAUAAUGUUAAUGAACAUAAGAAGGAAAAGGAAAAAGCUCAAAGGAAAAAAAGAAACGCUUUAAAAGAUGUUAGUUCCUUAGAAGACCAAGAAACUACCGAUUUAGACCCAGUUUUGUUUGGUGAUAAUAAUAUGGUACCUCACAUAAGAACGAGAAGAAGAAAACGGAGAAGCUUGGAUAUGGAUAGACAGUAUGCUCAAUUUGAAAAAACAAUUAACGAAGAAACUUUCAAAAAAAACGUAGCACCACUGGUAGAAGAAAAAAUCAUAGACGCUAGUCUAAUGGCGAAAAAUAAGGAAAAUCCUGCAAAUUUAGUAAUUGACUUGAAUUCUCAUGACAACUUUAAAGCUGAUAAAAAAACAAAUAAUAAAAAAAGACAAGAUUUUGACCCUAGAUCAACAACAACAAAUUCCUAUCUUAGUCGUAGCCUUAAAGAAUACAGAACUGACUUCAACAGCAAUCCAGAAUUUCAAACCUAUGACUUGAAUAAUGAGGAAGAUCUAGAACCAUCUAGAGAGAAGAGAGCCAACCAAGAACAACCCAACUCUCCACAACAUCUGACUAAUGUUGAUGGUUCAAAUAUAGUUUAUUUUGAUGGGGCUCCUGUUUUAGCCGACUCACCUUCUAGCGAAGACAAAUCAAAAGCUUCAAUGCAAAUAUUACCUAGCAAUGGUAAUGGUAAAAUUAAAACUAAUAUUCUGCUUGGGCUUAGAGAUGGAGGUUAUAUGUUGGACUUGGACCCUGAUAUUUAUAGACUUACCAAUGCUCAAGAACCAAGAGAAAAACGACAAGCUAGCUUUAUCGAUUUGGUAGCUAUUCAUGGAGGCGGUCCUGUACUUAACCAUUUAUUAGCUAUAAGAAAACGAAGCAUGCUUCCUAUAGCAAGAGUAAAAAGGUCAGAUAAUGCUAAUAAUAAUUAUAAAAUGCUAAGUUUAAAGGACAUGUCUGAUGUGGAUUUAUUCGGCGAUUUGCCUCAAAGUUAUGAAGGAGAAUUGGCUAGGUAUAAAAGAGUCAAACGAGAGAAAUGAAAUAAAUGUAGUGUGUUAGAGGAUUAAGUAUAAAUGUGUGUAAAAUGGCCUUUACAAUUACGGGUUCCUUUUGUAGGAAAUUGUCUAAUAUUAUGCUUCUUUUAUCUAAUCUACUGAUUAUCAUAAAAAUAUACAUAUUGAAAUCCUAA